AUGGAUAUAACGGAGAACCAGAAUAUCACCACUUAUCAGUGCGAUAACAUCAAGUGCGGCUGCGUUCCCGACCGAAUGCUAUGCGAGACCACCGGUGUUAGCUUAGAACCGCUUUUUGGGCAGCUUACUGGCCCAGCCAAGUUCACUUCGACCUCUACCAAAGGCGGCAGCCCCAAAGAUGGAAGCGCAUUCUCAGAGCCCGUCAUUGAUAAGGUGAUAUCUGAUCUGUUUGGUGACAAGUCUAUUCUUUUGGACUGUUAUUCCAGCGAAUGUCUAUACAAAACGGCAGUACCCGGAUACAAACCUCCCGUCAAGGUCAUAAACACUCCGCUCAUCGCUGGAGUCAUUGCUGGUUGUUCGCUUUUCAUUGUUGGAGUCAUCCUCCUCAUCUGGUACCUAUCAAGACGGAAAGCUUACAACCAGUAUCAUGCUCUUGCUGAUGACUCCGAUGACGAAGGCUCAAAGCUCAUGGCCGAUCACAAGCCAGCAUCUCUGCAGUUCGAAAAUAUUUCCUAUUAUAUUAACGGCCAGCAGAUUCUUAGUGGUAUCCGCGGUAUUGCUAAACCUGGCCAGGUCACUGCAAUUAUGGGAGCCUCUGGAGCAGGAAAGACUACAUUUUUGGAUAUCCUGGCCAGGAAGAAUAAACGGGGUAUCGUUCACGGCGAUAUCUAUGUUAAUGGCGAAAAGUUCAACGACAGCGAGUACAAAAAAGUCGUUGGUUUCGUUGACCAAGAGGACACCAUGUUACCAACACUAACAGUCCACGAAACUAUCUUGAACAGUGCUUUGCUCCGCUUGCCGCGGGAUAUGAGCGAUGCAGCUAAACAACAGCGGGUAUACGAAGUUGAAAAACAGCUGGGUAUUCACCACAUCAAGGAUCAACUUAUAGGGUCUGAGGAAGGCAAAGGCCGUGGUAUCUCCGGUGGUGAGAAGAAGCGUGUUAGCAUUGCAUGUGAACUUGUUACAAGCCCGAGCAUUUUGUUCCUCGAUGAACCUACAAGCGGUUUGGAUGCUUUUAACGCUUUCAACGUGAUAGAAUGUCUUGUCAACCUGGCCAAAUCGUACAACCGUACUGUGAUUUUCACGAUCCAUCAACCUAGAUCCAACAUUGUAGCCCUAUUUGACCAGCUGAUCCUGCUUGGAAAGGGAAAGACAGUCUUUUCAGGGCCAUAUUCAAGCUGUCAGUCCUAUUUUGACAACAUCGGAUACUCCUGCCCACCCGGAUUUAAUAUUGCGGAUUACCUUGUUGAUUUGACAAUGCAUGCGAGCCAGUCCCGGUCCACUGAGGAGCCGACUGUUAAUGUUGAUUCUCAUGACAACAACUUCCGAACUGCUUCCAGCAGCCUGAGGGCCGUCAAAUCAGUCGCCAGUGCUUCUAUCGCCAGCAUUGAUAAUGCUAGUGCAGUGGACAGUGGCCAGGAAUUGUUACUGAGACCCAAGGACAAACGGCGAUCAUCUCUCAAGCAACGUCAGGACAGACAGUUAUACACUCGCAAGAGAGGUUCUGGACUUGAAUCGCCACCAGAUCCUCAGACAGACAAUGAAGACGGCCAUGUUAUGAGCUUAGCUGAGCGUGCUCAGCAAUGGCUACCACUCUCUAGACAACAGGGUCAAGUCCCUCCGCAAAUCAUCCAAGACCCGGACCAUCUUCCUCCAAUUGCAUCUGGAUUCGUCACUGAUCUCGAUGUGCUUGUUUCCUACUAUGCCAAUUCAAACGUGGCCAAUGCUAUUCGUGAUGAAAUAUCUUCUUCCGUUCAAGACGCCCUUGCUGCCAAUGGACAGGCCAAUACAUCACAACAAGCUAGCGACGUCGUGACCGGCCAAAUGACCGGCUACGCCAGAGUUGGACUAAUAAGACAAUUUAUUAUUUUGUCCAGCCGCACCUGGAAGAAUCUCUAUCGAAACCCCAUGCUUAUGCUCACUCAUUACGCAACCGCAAUCCUGCUUGCCGUUUUGUCUGGAUAUCUCUUCUACGGUCUCACAGAUGACAUUAAGGGAUUCCAGAACCGUCUUGGCCUAUUUUUCUUCCUCCUUGCCCUAUUUGGUUUCAGCACCCUGACAAGUUUGACCGUCUUCUCCUCUGAACGGCUCCUUUUUGUCCGAGAACGUGCCAAUGGAUAUUACUCUCCAGUCACCUACUUCACAGCCAAGGUCCUGUUCGAUAUUGUACCCCUGCGACUGAUCCCUCCUAUCAUAAUGGGUGUCAUAGUUUACCCCAUGGUAGGACUUAUCCCAGACUGGCCGGAAUUUUCGAAAUUCAUCCUCGUCCUUGUGCUCUUUAACCUGGCAGCGGCAGGGAUUUGCUUGCUGAUCGGUAUCGUCUUCCGAGAUCCAGGCGUUGCGAACUUGAUUGGUAGCUUGGUGAUGCUGUUCAGUCUUUUGUUUGCCGGUUUACUGCUCAACCACGAUGCAAUUCCAGCUUCGGCACUCUGGCUACAAACCUUAUCCAUCUUCCAUUACGCAUUCGAGGCUCUGAUUGUCAAUGAAGUCACUUUCUUAACAUUGAUUGAUCAUAAAUAUGGCCUCGACAUCGAAGUUCCGGGUGCGUCUAUCCUGAGUGCCUUUGGUUUCAACAACCUCGCCUUGUGGAAUGACGUAGCCGGUCUGGGCGUUAUCUCCGGUAUUUCCAUCAUCAUGGCCUACGCAGCCAUGCAUUUCUUGCUCGUCGAGAAGAGAUGA